UUUAACUCUACACACUCGUGGUAGCUCGCUAGCUCAAAACGGAGACAGAUAGCUUUCUAAUGCAAAAAUAUAAACUGCUUUUAUCUGUGUGAUUAAACGAGAAGGCUAGUUAGUGAAUAUUAGCCACGUGCUAACGCUAGCAUAGAGCCGCUGCGUGGAGUUUUAGACAGCAUUAAAAGCAAGAAAAAUAAUCAAAAUGCUGAAAAAAGGCAACACAAAUUACGGACACGAUUUAUGUCCGGAAAACAAUGCAUUUCUCUCUGGAAAUACUUUCAAAGAUGAGUAAAUAUAUAUAUAUAUAUAUAUAUAUAUACAUAUGUGUGUGUGUAAAAAAAAAAAAAGUCCAUAACUAAAACUGCUGGGACGCCGUGACGUCAGCGAAAUGUCCAAGCACGUGGAGCGAUUACACGUUUCCAUGGUAACAUCGGCGCUUCUUAUUGGUGGAUUGGAGGAGAAUUCUGGUGUCUCGUUACUUCCGGAAACAGCUGUAUGUGUCAGAGAGAACCGCGUGGAUUUCUCCCGUUCGUGGAGAGAAGAGUUCGAGUCAAUGUUCUCACUGAAGGUCUGAGUGCAGGAACCUGCUGAAGAGCUCGUGAUUGUAAGAAGUUUUAUUGUUGUUGUUGAUGAUGAUGAUGAUGAUGAUGGACACGUGCAGGAGGAGGAAGUGCACUAAUCUUCAGGAGUGAUCAUUAUUCUUCUUACUUGGUGGUGUUUUGGGGUUUUUGUUGAGUAUUCCUCUGCGUGGUUAUACAUGUUUACAUCUGUAUAAAAAAAGAACUACUUGUUACUCUACAUCUACUAAAAACCCCAAACCCUCUGUCCUGCUGUCGUCCUGUUCACUUUCACUUCCUGCUUCUCAGAUCUCUGCUGUCGCUUCACACACAUGAGAGGAAAACGCACAUCAUGACCAACGCCGCUGGAGGUGAGGCAGUUCCGGCUGGACGUGAGGACGUCCUGGAGCGCUACGUGACCUUCUGCAGCCGUGUGUGGAGUGAAGGCAGCGUGAAGGUGUGUGAGGACGUGCAGCUGAUGGAGGAGGUCAAGCAGGUGCUGUUAACUCAGAGUCAGGCAGCUCACACCUUCACACUCCUGCCAUUUUACCCCACUGUCAUCAACAUCAUCAGCACCAACACCAGCAGCAGCGUGCUCCAGCGCCUCAGUAAAGCCUUCCAGGUUCUCGAGCUGUUCUGCAUCAACCUGUUCCUCUUUCCCUGGAAAAAAGAGUUUAAAACACUGAAGAAAUUCACUGGUCAUUUUGUUUACUACAUCAAAACGGUUCUGCCGCCGCAGACGACCCGGAGUGUUCUCCAGCGAAUCGGCUACGACUCCGAAACUGACACCGAGUACAAGCUCUCCCACAGCGUCGACCCAAACCACGCUAAAGAAAUGGGCUUCGAGCUGUUCCUGGCCCGAGUGGAAUGUGAACAUCUGAUUCAGAUGAUGAGCCAGACGUCUCACGCCGAAUGUCUGAGGAUCAUCCAGAACCGAGGUUCUGCCACGACUCAACAGGAGGAACCGGAGCUCGACAACGCUCCGAACGGGGUGUGUGUUCUGGAGGAGGACAGAGUGUGCAGAGACGACUUCCUGUUACAUUCAGAACCAAGUCUGAAACCUUUGGACCAGGAGAUGAACGAGCAUGAAAACUCAGAGCACGGAGCAUUCCUGAGCGAAGAUAAGUCCAUCCUGGAGAUGCAGAAGGAUUACCCAGACCUUACCUUCAGACAGAGGCCCAUCUUCAAAAGCUCUUCUGUCAAGGUGAAGCGCUCCGGAGGAAGAGACCCGAAGCUUGACCGUGACAUGAGCGGGCCUCGCUCCAUCACCUUACACACUGACGCUCCAGAACCUGCUCUAGAACCUCGUUCCUCAGAAGAACAGCAGCUGCGCGUUGGAGCCGCGUCACACACUCCGGGGUUCAAACCUGCGGACGACGCCUCGGUGACAGACCUGGCCGAGAUGAUGGACAAGCUGAAGCUGAAGGAGUUCCCCUGUGAGGAGCCUCUGAAGUGUCCGGUGGAGGAGACGGCGCAGUGCGAGAAGAACGAGACGAUCCCCAUCCUCUGCAGCCCCUCGCAUGACUCCCUCUGCUCCAUCGCCGGCUGCAGCAGCUGCUCCGCCUCAGACCGACUCCAUCAGCGCCGCGGCAUCACGGAGCCUCCGCAGUCCUUCUACAUCCCCAACAGCGUGAGCGGGUCUGCUGUGGCGCCCCCUGCAGAACACGAGGAGAACAUCCACCCCAGCAGCAGGGCAGGAGCUGAGUCUGGUCUCCACCACACUCUGGAGAUCCUGUGACAUCACAAAAUAAACUAGUAACAACUUUAGACCAAUCACGUCCAACAUGCAAAUGAGCAAACCAUGGCAGGAAGUGCUGCUGGUAACUAAAACCAACUAGUUUACUGAGAGAUAACUAACCAGCUAGUUAAGUCAGCUAAUGUUAUCUACUGAUAUUAGGUAGUAGACAUGGUGGGAUGGCAUGUGGGCGGGUCUAAUUUGCAUAUUCAUGAACUUCCCUAGCUCCUGGUAUGUCUGAUGAGGGUAAACCUGUAGAGCUGUUUUUAUUUGAGACGAUUAAACAAAAAUGUAAAAAUUUGUUCUUUAAAAAAAACACAUAAAUGUAAUAUUCUGAACAAAAACACAAAUUUGUCCAGAAACGUUCACAACGCAGUGCAGAGACACCUCGUGAGUUUGUUCAGAAAUUCACAACUUUAAAAACUUAAACUAGUUACGGAGUUUUUCAUCUUCAUGUUUAUAACAACAAUCAUUUAUUUCUAAAGGUUUCUUCCUCUGGUUGUGGAAAUUAGCUGCACAUCUGAUGGCGUUAUCUCGUUAAUAUCAGUGUGUUUGAGUUAAAUACACUCCUGUUAAUAUGUGUUGCUUUAGUAAGUCUGUGUAAACUUUGUGUUAAACAUUUGAUACAAAUACUGUGAACUCUUUGAGGUGUAGAGUAUGAGGAGGUGAAGCUCCGUGUUUAUCCGAGGGAUUAGUGUCGUGUUCGGGAUAAACACUGAGUCUGUCUGAGGUGUGAAGGUCUUUCUGUUUGGUUUUUGUUUGGUUUUUCGCUUUGUUAAGAAUUUAACAAAUUUAAGAAGUCCAUUUCCUCCGAGUGAGGAAGCGGUUUAUCUCCGUUUAUUCCUCUGCACAUGGACAUGAUGUCAGAAUGCUCCUGUGAUAAAACCCUGAACACCUCCACACCACCAUGAAGAAUUACUCCGAGCUUGUUUAGAGACAGUAAAUUGAAGGAAGUGACCGUGUGAGCUGAGCUACAUCAGAGGCGUCCGACCCGCAACUCGGCCCGAGCCUGGACGCUAGUCUGUUAUUCCACUAGGGGGCAAAAUAGAGCAAUAAUCUCAGCUACUGUAAUUCUUCAUGAUGAAGCGAAACAUUAAUGCGGUACGUGAACACCAGACGCUUCCCAAAGGAACUCGUUUAGAGGCUUCACAACUGGGGGGUGAAAACUUAUGCAAUUACAACUUCUACUCUGUAAAUCAUUUACCUUCAUUUCAAUAUCAUGAUAUAUUAUUCGUGCAGAUCAAUAACAAAAAAGCAUAAUUAACAUCCACAUCUGAAUUUUUUUGUUUUUAUUAUCGUGUUUAAUUUUCAUGGACGUGAUUUAAGAAAACAGAAGCCUACAAUUGCAGAGAUUUAGCCUCGUCUCUGAGGUCAAAGCUCUAUGGUUCGAAACUUGUUCAUGGCCAUGAACUGUUCCUGGAGUGAGGGGAGAGACAGGUGUGGGUACAGGUGUGU